AUUGCAUACAACCAAACAGACCCUCUGAGUGAACUUGUUCCUCAAGUCCCCUGCUAUUACCUCCAAUUUCCUAACCCAAAAGCACAAACAGUGUGACCCAGCUCCAAAGCAAUCAAAAACGCAGAGAGAGAGAGAUCGAAACUCGAAAACCUAGCAGAUCAAGAACAAGGCAAUGGAGUCCAUCUUCGGCUUGGUAGGGGACGGCUUCGCGGUGGUGGCGGCGGACACGUCAGCCGUGCACAGCAUACUGGUGCACAAGUCUAACGAAGACAAAAUCAUGGUGCUCGAUUCACACAAACUAGUCGCCGCCAGCGGUGAGCCCGGCGACAGAGUUCAGUUCACAGAGUACAUACAGAAAAAUGUGGCCUUGUAUCAGUUCCGUAAUGGGAUCCCAUUGACCACUGCUGCUGCGGCCAAUUUCACCCGUGGCGAGCUCGCCACCGCCUUGCGAAAGAACCCAUACAUGGUGAACAUCCUUAUGGCUGGUUUUGACAAAGAGGCCGGGGCAUCCCUAUACUACAUUGACUACAUUGCCUCGCUUCACAAGGUUGAAAAGGGAGCCUUUGGAUAUGGGUCAUAUUUCGCACUCUCACUGAUGGACAGGCACUACCACAGUGGCAUGUCUGUGGAGGAAGCAAUUGAUCUGGUUGAUAAGUGCAUUAUUGAGAUCCGGUCGAGGCUGGUGGUGGCUCCCCCCAAUUUUGUCAUCAAGAUAGUUGACAAGGAUGGUGCGAGGGAGUAUGCGUGGCGGGAAUCCAUCAGGGAUGCUAGUGUUGCUGCCGCAUGAUCUUUUAAUAUCUGUCAUCAGACUUCUGUUUAGUUUACUUUUAAACUUGUGCUGGGUGAAUUUGACAAUGCUAGGAAGGGAAUUUGAUGUCCUGCCAGAACCUAUUUAAAAUGCUAAAAGUAGCUCUGUUCUUGUUUGAAGUUCUGAUAUGCCGGAAUAGUUGUAUUUUGAAAACAAAAAAAUGGUCCUUAAAAGUGUGAGUUUCAUUUGUAAUGACUGGAGUACUCUCUUUAGGGGACAGGGUAUGUUGAACAUGUGGGAGGCUUCAUUGUCUCCUCAUUCCUUAUCUUUCA